CUAUCAAAAGAAAUACUUCACCACAUAUACGUUCACUGGAGGACAUAUUCUAGCAAUAUAAAACUUGGUGUGCUCUUUGCAAUUCUUUGCAUUAGAAGGCUUUUGGUGGCGGGCUUAAAAACAGAAUUAUCUGCAAUUAUAACAAGCGGAACAUACGACAAAGACGAGUGGGUUCGACUAAUUUCUAAAAUGCUUCUGGAAUAUCCCAAUUCGCAGACCCUUGAUUUAAAUAUCGAACAGUAUAUACCGGAAACUGCAACGAAAGGCAUGCACGAACUAAUGAGCAAAAUCAGAAAAAAUGGAAUUAAAUUUUAUCCGGUAGAAUAUGCGUUUUUUGAUCGCGAGAUAUGUGACGUUUUCGAUCCAUUUUCUUCGUGUCCGGCCACCCAGACGACACAUUUUACUUUACGACAAGGAAUAUCAAAUAAUGAGAGACUGCUAAAACUGACAAAUUUACAAGUACCACCAUCGCCAGGAUUAACCUCACCAAUAAAUACCAACGCAUUCAAUUUUGAACCGCUGCAAAAUCGUGGACAAUCACAUCCAUCGGUUGGACCUCCUUCUCGCUCAAACUCAAUUUCAGGGCCAUCACUGUUCAUACCAAAGAGAAGGCCAUCACAAAUUAAUCAGCCGUACCCAAGGCCUCCUAUUCCUCCUCCUCAAAGAUCUGGUUCGACAAAUAUACCGCCCAUGGGAGCAAUGAAUAUCAAUCCGGGUCCAAGAUCGCCUGAAAUAAAAAUUUCCCAAAGGAAGACAUACCAAAAACCUACGCGGAUUCAAAUGAUCGACAUAUCAACCGGCUCAUCAAUUAUCAAGAAUCAGGAAGAAACCAGACGAUUGACACAAUUAGAAGAACAACAACAAAAAGAACUGAAAAAACAAGAACGAGCGCGAAAAGCGGAGGAGAAGAGACGCGAAGAAGAUGAAAAGAAACAACAACGGGAGCGUGAAAAGGCAGAAAAGGCGCGACAAAAAGAAGAGGCAAAAAUAGCAAAGGAAAAAGAAAAAAAAGACAAAGCUGCGAGAGCAGCUUCUGUUGAGGUGCAAGCUAGUAGCGGUCGAAAAAAGAAAAAACUGGAUGAGGAGGAAAUAAUUGAGGAAGAAUCUAUUUCUGAUGGAGAGCUUCCCCAUAAAAAUCCUCAGGUGAUAUCGGCGUCCCCAUCGUCACCGCCAUCGAUUUCAAAAUCACCAAUUAAUGUGGAUGAUUAUGAUAAUGAUUACUUAUCAUCAAUUAAUGGUGGUGUUCCUGAAACGAAUGAGAAUGGUCCGGAAGUUAUUAACAGUGGUGUUUCUGAAUUUAAUGGCGACACUACUGAAUUUAAUGAGGGCGUUUCUGAUGCUACCUCAGUGGCCGAGUCAUCCAGGCAACCAACAAUACCCGAGGAUGUUUCUAUUCCCUCAGAGCAACCAAUGGAUCAAACAGAAAUAUCACUGCAACUUUACAAAGAGUAUCCCACUCGCGAGAUGUCUCAGAAAGAUCGAAGACUUUUCGAACGUAAUUGCUCGGCAGUCUUAAGUCAAGCCAAUAAAAUUGACGGAGAUCCCAAUUUACGGCAAUGUAUAAUUAAUUUUUUGGGCGGUGUUCAUGAAGUCAAAGCUCUUAUGGCUGUCUCAAAAGGAGUCAAUAAUCCAGAGGAUGACCUUCGGCACAUCGUGCUCCAUGAGCAAACAAUCAGGUCCCCGGAAGGAAAAGCCAUCAGAGAAACAUUUAUUUUCGAAAUGAAUAUUGAAAACGGUCAAUGGAGAAAGAUCAAGAGAAGAAAGACGAAAGGGUAUAAGAACAAAAAGGAUAACGAAGAAAGAAAUCGAAUGAUGAUGGAUGAAGGAAACCAAAUAAUGAUGGACGAAGAAAUGAAUCAGGAGAUGGAAGAAAGGAAUUGA